CUGCUUGGAGACUAGGUGGCGCACUGCCUGCCUGCUCCGGUAGUGGCUACGUGUAAUUCUAGGGGAAAAUGGCAGAUAGAAAAAAUAAUAAUAAUGUUGCUAACCCCGGGGCUAACUUACUGUUUAGCGCCGCUCCGGAGUUUAACUUCAAUCUGCCUUUCAUGCCAGUGAGUCAGGCCACUGGUCCAGCGGUGCUGUCAGGAGAUGACUCCACUGAUGUAGGAGAAGAAGACAGCUUCCUGGGUCAGACCUCUGGAAAUGGAUCUGCCCCGUCUACAUUUAACUACUUCUCCAGCCCCGUAGCCAGCAGUGAUCCAUUCGCAUCCAUUGGCCAGUCGCCAUACCCAUCACCGGCCCUGUCAGCAGCACCUCCUACAACAACAGGCCCGGUUUCUGUUCCUAGCAGUGUUGGCAUGGUCCCACCACCUCCAGGUCCACAUAUGAAUCCCGCCACUCCUACAGCAUUUGGCAAUGUAGUUUACCAGAGUCCAAUGGGCCGUCACACACCUCCACCCACCACAAUGACCCCACCACCUCCCCAGAUGCAGCCACAGAGUUAUAACCCUUACCGACACACCCCCACCAGCAGCAGAGUCAAUCCUUAUAUACCAGCACCAGAGGUCCUGCCGCCAACACACACACCUCAGCAGCACAAUUCCUACCCCUUCAGCUCUCCACAACAGACAUUCCCACCAUCAGGACCCACAUUCACAAAGCCUCCUCCCACACAGAUUCAAGCGCCUCCACCUACAGCCACCAGUGCCGGAGCAAUAGUGCCAGCAGGACCCAUGAUGCCAUACAACUACAAUAUCUAUGAACCUGUUCAACCUCACUGGUUCUACUGUAAGCAAGUAGAGUCAAAGAGCGUCUGGCUUCCUUUCAGUAUCAUUGACUCCCUUAAGCUCGAGGAGACUUUCAACUCAGUUCAGCCAGAUCCAGAAAAUGUGAUUGUGCGAACAGAAGGAGGACGAUAUGACGUACAGCUUUAUGACCGGAAUCGGACAUCGGUGUACUGGGAAGAGGAGCCCACAGAGGUCCGGCGCUGCACGUGGUUCUACAAAGGAGACACAGACAGUCGCUUUAUCCCGUAUUCUGAAGAGUUCAGUGAGAAGCUAGAGGUCGAAUAUAAGAAAGCUGUAUCUACCAACCAGUGGCACCGUAGACUGGAGUUCCCCUCAGGAGAAACCAUUGUCAUGCAUAAUCCAAAGGUGAUUGUGCAGUUUCAGCCGUCCUCCAUUCCAGAUGAGUGGGGCACGACUCAGGAUGGGCAGACCAGACCCAGAGUGGUGAAGAGAGGGUUAGAUGACGACCACGAUGAAGUGCCUGAUGGUGAGCUGUCCAAGGUGGAUCAUCUUGUUUUCAUGGUUCAUGGAAUCGGUCCCGUGUGUGACCUGAGGUUUAGGAGCAUGGUCGAGUGUGUGGAUGACUUCCGCAGCGUGUCGCUAAAGCUUCUGCACAGUCACUUUAAAAAACCGAUGGACGAGCACGCCAUCAGCAGGGUGGAGUUCCUUCCUGUCCAGUGGUACGCGGCUCUGCAUGGAGACGCCACUGGCGUAGACAGGAGGAUUAAGAAGAUCACCCUGCCCAGUACUGGACGACUACGUCACUUUACAAAUGAGACUUUGUUAGACGUCCUCUUCUACAACAGUCCCACUUACUGCCAGACCAUCAUGGACACAGUUGCCCUUGAGAUUAACAGACUGUAUGCCCUGUUCAUGAAGAGGAACCCAGACUUCAGAGGGGGAAUAUCAGUGGCUGGACACAGUUUAGGAUCCCUGAUUCUCUUUGACCUGCUUUCAAAUCAGAAGGAUGAGUCUUUUGCGAUGGCCACAUCUGAUGAGCACACUUCGAAUGGAGAAACCAAUCAGGUGGCAGCCCCCGUUCCACUGGAGAAUAACGCAGUUGCUCCUCCGGCUGUAGAAGAGGAGGCCAAAGAUGCAGAGGAGCUUGAAGAUCUUUCUACGAUGCUUGAAAAUCUGGGCCUAUCCGAGUACAAGAGCACAUUUGAUGAGGAGAAGAUUGACAAUGAAUCUUUUCUCAUGUGCACAAUUGAAGACUUGAAGGAGAUGGGAAUCCCACUGGGUCCCAGGAAAAAGAUUGCCAAGUUUGUGAAGGAAAGAGUGAAUAAGCAGGCUGCACGUCAGGCAGCCCAGGAGAAGAAACCAGAGAUCAAAGAGACGAGCCAGGUUACUGCACCACCUCCACCUGCUGAACCUCUCCCUGGUCCGGUUGUAAAGAAGCUUCCUGUGGGCAACACCGUCUCCUCCAUCCACGUCGACUACAAUUACUUUGAAGUUGGCACCGGGCAGGUGUCAGUGGUCUACCAUUCUCUGGACUUUGAACCUGUGAAUUUCUUUGCUUUGGGUUCUCCGAUUGGCAUGUUCCUCACAGUACGUGGAGUGGAGAAGAUCGAGGAGACAUACCAGCUGCCCACGUGCAAGGGAUUCUUCAAUAUUUACCAUCCGUUGGACCCUGUUGCGUACAGGAUCGAGCCCAUGAUAAUGCCAGAGGUGGAGCUGAAGCCUGUUCUGAUCCCUCAUCACAAAGGAAGGAAGAGGCUUCAUCUUGAGCUGAAGGAGAGUCUGUCCAGGAUGGGCUCAGACCUGAAGCACGGUUUCAUCAGCUCUCUGAGAACCGCCUGGCAGACGAUCAACGAGUUCGCUCGCGCUCACACCUCAUCUGACCAGCUCCAGGCCCAGCUGGCCAUCGUGGCCAAUCAGAUUGAAGAAGAGGAGAAGCAAGCGGAGGAAGAGCAUAAAAUCCCAGAGAUCCCGGAGCCACCGAAAGAGGAGGAGCCUCAGGUGAAGAUCGGGAUGCUGAAUGGAGGGAAUCGCAUCGACUACGUCCUGCAGGAGAAGCCCAUCGAGAGCUUCAAUGAAUACCUGUUUGCCCUCCAGAGUCACCUCUGCUACUGGCAAUCUGAAGACACUGCCCUGCUUAUUCUCAAAGAGCUCUACAAAGACAUGGGGAUCCACCCAGAACAAUUAGCACAUUAAAUUCAGUGAAGUACCUGAGAUGAAAAGAAGGCCAGCUAAAUACUUUCCUGUUAGCUUUAUUUCACAUCAGGAUUUUAAUUUUUUUUCUUCUUCUUCCUAUUCAUUGUUAAUGUAGAUUACUGUAUACAGAUGAAUAAUACAACUGUAUUAUGCCAUUUGUCUUAAAUUAAGAAACAUUAUGCUUAAGCUAGAUGAUUUACAGACACAUGACAAGUUUGAUAUUAUGUUUUUAUAGAAUAAAUUAUAUAAUGGGUCCGGUUUACUGAGAAUAUAGACGAUUAAAUGAAAUGCCAACAGCAGAAAUGACAAGCGGCAGUCAAUGCAGCCUUCUCUGUUUUAUUCUAUGGACAAAAUGUCAAAAUAAAUCAUUUCCUUGCACGGAU